UUCAUCGAAAGCAUAUAUAAAGGUAUCUCUCGGCGCAGAUAUAAUUUGUUAUACAAAGUGUAUUGACUGUCAACUCAUCUUAGACCACACAUACACUUUUGAGGCUAAUCGUCAAACAAAAUGGACGCCAGCAUCGACUGUAAUCGUGUGGAAUAUGCGAGCAUUAAUCAACCCACCUCCACUGACCCGCCAAAAGAGAAGAACAAUUCUGAGGUAAUAAACAGCAAUCAAGCAACAUCCUUUGACCCGUUAGAAGGGAAAAUGAAGCCUGAUGUUAGGAACAGCAAUCAAGCCCCCUCAACUGACCUGUCAGAAGGACGUGGUCCGUCUGAUGUCAUGAACAGCAAUCAAGCCACCUCCACUGCCCCGCCAAAAGAGAAGAAUCAUUCUGAGGUAAUAAACAGCAAUCAAGCAACAUCCUUUGAGCCGUUAGAAGGGAAACUGAAGCCUGAUGUUAGGAACAGCAAUCAAGCCCCCUCAACUGAACUGUCAGAAGGACGUAGUCCGUCUGAUGUCAUGAACAGCAAUCAAGCCACCUCCACUGCCCCGCCAAAAGAGAAGAAUAAUUCUGAGGUAAUAAACAGCAAUCAAGCAACAUCCUUUGAGCCGUUAGAAGGGAAACUGAAGCCUGAUGUUAGGAACAGCAAUCAAGCCCCCUCAACUGAACUGUCAGAAGGACGUAGUCCGUCUGAUGUCAUGAACAGCAAUCAAGCCACCUCCACUGCCCCGCCAAAAGAGAAGAAUCAUUCUGAGGUAAUAAACAGCAAUCAAGCAACAUCCUUUGAGCCGUUAGAAGGGAAACUGAAGCCUGAUGUUAGGAACAGCAAUCAAGCCCCCUCAACUGAACUGUCAGAAGGACGUAGUCCGUCUGAUGUCAUGAACAGCAAUCAAGCCACCUCCACUGACCCGCCAAAAGAGAAGAACAAUUCUGAGGUAAUAAACAGCAAUCAAGCAACAUCCUUUGAGCCGUUAGAAGGGAAACUGAAGCCUGAUGUUAGGAACAGCAAUCAAGCCCCCUCAACUGAACUGUCAGAAGGACGUAGUCCGUCUGAUGUCAUGAACAGCAAUCAAGCCACCUCCACUGCCCCGCCAGAAGGUAGUGGUCUGGUUGAUGUUAUGAAAAGUAAUCAAGCCACUUCAACUGACCUGUCAGAAGGAAACAAAGGAAGGAGUCAACCUGAUGGUAUGAACAUCAAUCAAGCCACCUUCACUGACCCACUAGAGGGAAACAGUCAGCCUGAUAUUAUGAACAGGAAUCAAGCCACCUCCUUUGACCCGUUAGAAGGAAAAAGACAGUCUGAUGUUAUGAACAGUAAUCAAGCCCCCUCAACUGAGCCGUCAGAAGGAUACAGUCAGUAUGAUGUCAUGAACAGCAAACUAGCCCCCUCAAUUUACACGCUAGAAGGAAACAGAAACAGCCAGCCUGAUGUUAUGAAAAGCAAUCAAGCCCCCCCAACUGACCCGUCAGAAUUAAACAGUCCGUCUGAUGUCAUGAACUCCAACCAAGCCACCUUCCCUGACCCGCUAGAAGGAAACAGUUAG